GUGCUAUCUGGGUAGGUAGUUGCAGUUGGCCACAACACACGUUGAAGUAACAUCAACUUGUCAAACACCAUAUGUUACUUCACCAAUCAAUUUUAACUCUAAUUACCCGUUAAUUCCUCAGUGAUUGAAAAGUGUAACACCAUCAUCAACAAAAUAAAAUGGAACGCAUAAAGGACCUUGAAACUCGGAUAAAAGAACUGGAACUGGAGCUUGCUCAUGAAAAAUCGAAAAAUACUGGACCAGUCCGUGAAAAGAUCCAUAAGCUCUGCAGCCAAGUAGUAGAUACAAAUCCGUAUAGUCGUCUGAUGGCUUUGAAACGAAUGGGAAUUGUUGAUAACUAUGAGCGAAUUCGAGAAUUUACAGUAGCAAUUGUUGGUGUAGGUGGGGUUGGAAGUGUAACAGCUGAAAUGCUGACUCGUUGUGGCAUCGGAAAACUCAUUCUCUUCGAUUACGAUAAAGUUGAACUAGCCAACAUGAAUCGACUCUUCUUCCAGCCUCAUCAGGUAGGCCUUAGCAAAGUCGCAGCGGCUGCAAAAACACUAGAAUCUAUCAAUCCAGAUGUCCAGAUUGACAUUCACAAUUACAAUAUCACAACUGUUGACCAUUUUGAUGAGUUCAUGAGAACUCUUAAUACUGGCAGCUUGACAGGAAUGGCUGUGGACCUGGUUCUGAGCUGUGUUGACAAUUUCGAAGCUAGAAUGGCAAUAAACAUGGCAUGCAAUGAAUUAAAUCUCAAGUGGAUUGAAAGUGGAGUAUCGGAGAAUGCUGUCUCGGGUCACAUUCAAUUUAUUAUACCUGGAGAAACUGCUUGUUUCGCUUGUGCUCCGCCUCUCGUCGUGGCUGCCAACAUCGAUGAGAAAUCUCUGAAAAGAGAGGGAGUUUGUGCUGCUUCUUUGCCGACAACAAUGGGCAUAAUUGCCGGAUUUUUGACUCAAAAUGCAUUGAAGUACCUUUUGCAUUUUGGUAAAGUUUCGUUUUAUCUUGGGUACAAUGCAAUGCAAGACUUCUUCCCUUCCUUGACCCUUAAGCCUAACCCGAAUUGUGACGAAAAAUUCUGCCGUCAGAGACAAAUGGAAUUUACCGAGGUUGUCAAAGAAUCUAUUCCCGAAGUACUUAACGAAGAUCCAGUUCAUGAAGAUAAUGAAUGGGGAAUUUCUCUGGUUGAUGAGGAUAAAGGAGAGUCAUGUGAGACCUAUCAGAAUGAGUGUUUGGGUGUUAAGCAGGCAUAUACAGUGUCCAGUGAUGUUAAGGAAGCAGAGAGUCCAAGUGUUGUCGAUGAUAAUGGACCUAGUAUUGAAGAGUUGAUCGUUGAAUUAAAAAAUGCGAUUUUUCACUGAAGAACUACAAGUUUUCUGAAUGCUCAGAAUGUUUAUGACGAUAUAAAUGAACAUAACAAUAAAAAUUUUGCACUUUUUGAUUUUCAGACCAUUUAUCUCCUGCUAGCUACACAUCACAAAAAAAAUUAAUUUCAAAUAAACUAUAGUCUCCUGAAUAAUAA